GUUCUCUGAUUUUCUUUGGUUCUUGCAAACAAUAUUUGAUCAUAAAAUAUUUUAAUGGAUCAAUUACUAUUAAAUCUAAUAGUAAACUAGGUAGAUAUUCAAUAAACCAAUAUAAAUUAUCAAAACUUAGAAAUAUAAGGAGCCAAAUAAUUAUUCCAAUACUUGCAAUCCAAAGAAACAUUAAAGCAUAUUUCAAAUUUUGGUGAUGACGAACAAUGCCUUUGAUUGCAUAGUAAUCACUUAUUUUGAACAGGAAACAACAGCUUGAUGUAAUCCCUAUAAUGAUCCACAAAUUGAGAUUUGGUAGAUAAUGAAUAAGCACUCCGGACACAUCCAAAC